AUGGCCGGGACAGCAACCGUAUCCGUGUCUACGAGACCAAAGAGAAAGCUGUCAUCCAUUACUGCUACUACUACUACGACUACUCCAGUCAGCAAGAGGAAGAAGCAAACUACGCUCUCCUCCGCCACCCAGAUAGUUAGCUCUGCCCCCGCAUGCGAAGACCCAGACUUCCUUCGCAAGCAGCUGGACCGCAUCUCAUCCCACCCGUCACUGACCCCCUACAGACGACGGGUGUACCGGACGCUGCUCUCCGUGCCGAGGGGCCAGUGGACGACGUAUGCCACGCUGUCAGCCCACCUCUCUUCCUCCGCGAGGGCGGUGGGCAACGCGAUGAAGACCAACCCGUUUGCACCCGAAGUGCCCUGCCACCGCGUGCUGGCGUCCAACCGCACCAUCGGCGGGUACAAGGGCAGCUGGGGCAACGGGGGAUCGUAUGCGGUGGAGAAGACGAAGCUGCUGCGUGGCGAAGGGGUGGUCUUUGACGAGAAGGGGAGGGCAGGGGGAGAGAUCUUUACUCGGUUUGUUGACGUGGGCGAGGUGUUGGAGAGUUAA